CCGCUCGCCAUGGCUGGCACCCAGGAGAUCAAAAUCGCCGACAAUGCACCCGAGGCUGUCUCCGGCGUCCCCACUGAGGGCUCUGCGGCUGCUGAGCAGGGCCCGUCUAAGAACGAGCUAAAAAAGCGCGCCAAAGACGCAGAGAAGGCUAAAAAGGCUGCUGAGAAAGCAGCUAAGCAGAAAGAGCUCGAGGCACAGAAAGCUGCUGCUGAUGAGGAUUACGCCGUUGCAAGUUACGGCAAAGAAUCUCUCAACCAAUCGCAAUCGCGUCCCCGCCGUCAGCGCGUACAGAUUUGUUCCCUCAACCCCAGCAUGGACGGAGAGACCGUCCUUCUUCGUGCCCGGGUGCAAACUUCCCGUGCACAGGGCAACAAGAUGGUGUUCUUAAACUUGCGUCAACGUACUGACUCGGUUCAGGCGCUUCUUAUAGUGACUCCGGAGAAAGUUAGCAAGCAAAUGGUUAAGUGGGCGGCUAGUUUGCAGGAUGAGAGCAUUGUCCUAGUCGAAGGUGCCGUAAAGAAGAGUCCAGAGGUUAUCAAGAGCGCGUCCGUUGGUGACGUCGAACUUCACCUCUCCAAGAUAUAUCUCAUCUCCGGUCUUGAUGGUCGCCUGCCGUUCACCGUUGAGGAUGCCAACCGUCCUGAGGCCGAAAUUGCCGCUAACGAGGACGUACAAUACAAGCGUGUUCUGCUCGACACCCGCCUUGAUAAUCGUAUCAUUGACCUUCGGACGCAAACAAACCAAGCUGUAUUCAAGCUUCAGCAUGUCAUUGGGCACCUUUUCCGCGAUUUCUUGGAGUCAAAGGGAUUCAUCGAGAUCCAUAGUCCUAAGCUACAGGGUGCCGCGACGGAGUCUGGAGCGUCGGUCUUCAAGGUCAACUACUUCAAGGGCAGUGCUUUCCUCGCUCAAUCUCCACAGCUCGCCAAGCAGAUGGCCAUCGCAGCGGAUUUCGAGCGUGUUUACGAGAUUGGUCCUGUCUUCCGCGCGGAGAACUCGAAUACUCACCGACACAUGACCGAGUUCGUCGGCCUUGAUCUUGAGAUGGCCAUCGAGGAACAUUACCAUGAAGUCAUGGAAUUGCUCGACGACCUCUUCAAGCACAUGUUCCGCAGCCUACGCGACCGGUACAAGAACGAGAUUGAAGUCGUCCGCGAAGCGUUCCCUGCUGACGAGUUCAAAUGGCGUGAGGGAUCUGAAGGUACUCUGAAGCUGACCUUCAAAGAAGCUGUGGACUUUCUGGUUGAGGACGGUGUCCCAAAGGAGACCCUGGACGAUAUCGACACAGAGAAUGAGAAGCGUCUCGGACGAAUCGUGAAGGCCAAGUAUGAUACCGACUACUUUAUUAUCGACAAAUUUCCCAUGGCCCUCCGUCCCUUCUACACCAUGCCUGACCCUGAAGACCCGACACUUUCAAACUCGUAUGACUUCUUCAUGCGUGGCGAGGAGAUCUUGUCUGGUGCACAACGUAUCCAUGAUCCUGCUCUCCUCACUGAGAAGAUGAAGGAGAAAGGAAUUGACCCUGCGUCAAUGGCUUCCUACGUGGAUGCCUUCAGGAUGGGAUGCCCGCCACACGGUGGAGGAGGCAUCGGCCUUGAGCGUGUUUUGAUGCUGUUCCUCAAGCUGAACAACAUUCGUCGUGCCUCUCUCUUCCCGAGAGACCCCAAGCGUCUUGAGCCUUAGAUCCGUAUUCGAACCCGGCCUGAUAUGUAAACUGGUAACAUUGUACUAGAUAUACGCUUUGCUAGAGCUCCGGUCAGCCCGUUCGGCCGUCAGCCUCAAAAUAAAUGCUCUAUUUAGAUGGC